AUGAAUUUUGAUGUUGGAGGUCCAUCAUAUUUAUCAUCAUCUUCAUCUUCGGAUGAUGAUAAUUUUCUGACCAAUAUCAUUGCAGAGAUUGAUGAAACCGAAGAAGUAAUUUGUGAGUACAUCAACAACAACUUGAUCAUCGCUAACAAUUUACGUCAACAAAACUACCAACUGAUCCAUGGUGGCUCGAUUCCUGGUCAUGCCGUGAUCAACCGCGAUCGAGAAACUGCGCAUCAGAAUUUGGUCAUAGAUUACUUUGUCGAUAAUCCACGUUUUGGACAAGAUAUGUUUCGUUGUCGAUAUCGGAUGUCAAGAAGUUUGUUCAUUCGUAUUGUUGAUGCAGUGAAAGAUCAUGACCAUUACUUCCAACAACGAAGUGAUGGACUUGGUAGAAUGGGAUUAUCACCGUUACAAAAAGUAACAGCUGUUUUUCGCAUGUUGGCAUACGGUCUACCAGCUGAUGCUACGGACGAAUACGUUAAAAUAGGUGAGUCAACAGCAAUUGAAAGUAUGAAAAGAUUUUGUCGUGCUAUGGUGGAGAUAUUCGCAGAGCGGUAUCUACGAACACCUAACGCUAACGAUAUUGCUAGGCUACUCUAUAUUGGAAAAAAACGUGGUUUUCCAGGAAUGUUAGGAAGUCUUGAUUGCACCAAUAAUGAUAUCAAUGUGCUGGAGUCAUCUAAUCUUUUCUCUAACCUAGCUCAAGGUAUUGCUCCUCCCGCUCACUAUGUUAUUCAAGGAAAAGAGUAUAAUAUGGGUUAUUAUUUAGCUGAUGGUAUAUAUCCGAAAUGGGCUACUAUUGUACAAACAAUCCAACAGCCACAAGGAUCAGCACGUUUUUUGAAAAAACAUGUAUUACAUAACAUAAUGACUGCAUGUAUUAUUAUGCAUAAUAUGAUAAUCGAGGAUGAACAUGACCUUUAUGCACCAAUUCAAGAAGUGAGGGAAGCACCAACACCAGAAGUUGAUAUGGUAGCAGAUGAAACUAUAAAAUUUACUCAAUUUAUUACACGUUACGGAAAAAUCAAGGAUAAAGAUGCCCAUAUUGCGCUUCGUAAUGCAUUGAUAGAUCAUAUAUGGGAGGAAUACACUAAUUCAGAUAGUUAA